AUGACUACCACUGCCGCUAUCAACUUCAUCACCGACGGCUUCCCAGCCCCAGGUCUGCGCGCGACCCAACGUCUCAUUACCGGCAACAAAGAAGAAGACGGUAAAGGUCACUUCCUCGUCACCGACAAUGGCGACCACCACCGUGUCAUGGGUGAGAACCAGGCUGUUGCCAAUAUUAUCUACUCCACCCAUGAGAACCCCGUCGACCUCAACGAGGACAAAGAUAUCAAAUAUGCCAAGGAGAACGAGCCCGGUCUCCACAUCACCAACGGCACGGUCGUACGUAUGAUCGAUUUUGGUCCUGGAGUGGAGUCGCCCAUGCAUCGGGCCAUGUCCAUCGAUUAUGGCAUUGUGAUGGAUGGUGAUUUUGAGUUGACCCUGGACUCCGGCGAGACACGCAUAAUGAAGCAGGGUGACAUUAGUGUGCAGCGGGCGACGGCGCACAAGUGGAAGAAUAUCACUGCUGGAGAGACACAGGCUGGGCGGAUGUUGUAUGUCUUGCUUGACUGUAAGGAGGUCCUGGUUCAGGGAAAGAAGAUUGAGGGAUUUUUGGGUGAGUUGGAGAAGGAAUACGAAGGAAGAAGUGCAUGA